AUGGAAACAUUAGCUGGAGUGUUAAACGCUCUCAUAAAUACUACAAUAAACAAGGAUAACGGAGAAAACUUAAUGAAUGUUAAACUUAUUGCAGGAGUUUUGAAGUUCAGUUAUGUGAAGGAGUUUAAGAUAACACGAAUGAGUCAUAGAGUUCAAUUGCUUCUGGGAGCAUACCAUAUGACAUUUCCUUUGAAAAGUGUUGACAAAACGAUUGAGAUGAAAUCUGUUCCAUACGUAUGUUAUGGCAAUUGUUUGUACAUUGAGUCAAAAAUAGCUAAUGUCACAGGUAUUUCAGGAGUUAAUAGUAAAGGUUCAGUAGAAUAUAAAUCCUUCUGUUAUGCAGUCAAUUCAAUGUUCAUUCCAAACGUUCCUGUCAUAGCAACUCAUUUAGGUAAAUGGGUUCGCAUUAGUCCUCAUAAUUUGAAAGACAUGCAAUUCAGACUUGUUGACUUUCAAGGAGAGCCUGUAGAACUGAAGGCACCAGUGCGAAUGACUGUUGAAGUUGACUUUUUAGAAAAUAUUAAAUGCAACAGCUUACAAGAGAACUCAGAGCUAAAAAUAUAA